AUGCUUCUUGGAUAUGCUGAAAACGCAAAGUGGUAUCGUGGUUAUGAUUUGAAAUCAUCAAAAAUCAAGAUUACACGACUUGUUCAGCUUAGUGAGCAUGAUAUUGAACGAAAUUUACAACCAAACUUGUUUGGAAAACAAUCGGUUGCUCAUGUUUUCAAGGAAAUCAAUGAAGAAGCGACCCAUUUUCCUGCUGAGAGAACGCCGGUGAUAGACGAACCUAUGAACAGUGUUGAGAAGUCUACGCAAGAUAUUAAGAUGGACGAGGUCGAAUCAGAGCGCAAUAUCAAUCUUGAGCGACCUCUACCACUCGAAGAUCGGAUAGCAACUAGGCAAGAGCUAAAAGAAUAUCGCUCUCCGCGAAUAUUUGGGGGGAGUCGUUUGGUGUAUCGUCCGGGCACAGAGCAGUCAACGAGUUCUCGGGGGCUACCUUUAUUACUGGAAGACGGCUUGGAGAUGGAUGAUGAAUGA